AUGUCAUAUGCCUUCCACCAGGGCCUCAAGCUUCGUCUGGCCGGAGCCACCCUCAUCUCAGACCACUCUGCUCCUACAUCCUUAAGUUCCAUUUACAUUCUGGGCUCCUUAAACGGGUCAAGUGCUUUCCUGUUCUUCCACAAGCUGUUCUUUGUGCCUGAGGGGCCCCUAGGAAGGCACAGCGCCUGCGAGAACCACGUCCCCCAGGGCCAAGGGGAGGCGCUAGGGCUCCGGAGCUUCCGAGAAAGAUGCUCCUGCAGGCCUAGCGCAUCCUCCGCCCGCGGAAGAGCGCGGAGGAGCGCGGAGGAGCCCGGAGGAGCCCGGAGGAGCCCGGAGGAGCCCGGAGGAGCCCGGAGGAGCCCGAAGGAGCCCGAAAGACCGGGGCGGGCCGAGAACCGCGGGGGCCAAUGGCCGGGCCCGCCCCGCCCCCUGGCCGGAGACUUGAGGGGAUUGGCUGCCCGCCUCCCGCUGCGCCGCCGACCUUGUCGCCGCGCCACCGCCGGUGUCGGUGGGCAUGGGGGAGGGUGCCAGGCCUCCGGGCCCGGGUGGGGCUGCGCUCGCCCCGCGUCCCCUCGAGCUUUGCCCGCCCGGAGCUCCGCUGCUCCCGGCGGCCAGAACGGAGGGGUAGAGCAGCCCUCGGCGGCCCGGGGGGCGGGCGGUCCAGCCCGUCCCGCGGCCGCGCGAGGCACAGACGCCGCGCGGAGCCGCCGGGAGGCUUCCCCGUGGGCAGGCCCGGGCGCCCUAACCAUCUUGCGCUUUGCUCCCCCAGGGCGCAGCUGUGGCCACUUUGCGGCGGGUUCGGGGCCCGGCCCGCCUGCGGCUGUAGGAACCCGACCUGGAGCCUGCGGAGUCGGUCUCCGACGUGAGCGGGGCUGCAGCUGCCUGACUUCCAGGCUCAGGUUGAAAACUACAGGCACAAGCCAUGGAAGCUGGAAUACUCUAAUGCUGGGGCAGAUGGGGAGAGAUUCUCAAGCACUUUCCAUGCCUAGCUCGGAUCUCCACGCGGGCCUUGAUCCCACAGCCCUGGGCCGAAAUCAAGAGUUGGAUGCUGAACCCACUGAGCCACCCGGGCAUCCCCACCUUGGAAUCCCUCUUAAUGCUUAUUUCAUAACACUGUUGCAGCCUUUGUAUCUAAAUUGCACUUUUUAAUAUUACCUAUUACAUUGUAAAACCCAGCCUUGUGAUUUUUAGGUAAUUUACACAACAAAUGUGUUAGAAGACCAAAAUUGCUAGAGGGGAAAAAGUGGGAGGGGGGAUAGGAAGUACAUGUAUUUGCACUGACUGGAGGACAUUUAUAAGUUCAGACAGGGCUGGCCAGGGAGUGCUGAUGAUAAAAAGCCUGAAGGAGAUGAUGUGGGUGUGUGUGUGUGUGUGUGUGUGUAGUUGGGUGAAAAAUGUAAGUAGUCUUAAGCCAGGCAGUGAAACAGUGCGGAAAAAUAGGGAACUCAUUUUUUUUAAGGUGCCACAGAGACCAGGAUUUAGAACUAUAGACACUGUCCGGUGUGAUAGCCAUUAGUCACAUGGGGCUAUUUAAGUUUAAAUCAAAACUGAAUAAAAUGAAAAAUGUGGCUCCUCAGUUGUGUCAGCCACAUUUCAAAUGCUCAGUAGUCACAAGUGGCUAGAAGCUACUGUACUAGCAACAGAUACAGAAUAUAUCCAUCACUACAGAAAGUUUCAUUGGCAGUACUGUUCUAGAGGUUAUAGGGUGUUUUACAGAAGAGAAAAAUCUAUGGGAUAGUGGACUGGAUAAUGACUCCCAAAGAUAAUCGAGUCCUAAUCUCAAACCUGUAAAUGUUACUGUAUUUGGAAAAGGUGAUUUGCAGAUGUGAUUAGAUUAGGAAUCUGGAGAUGGGAAGAUUAUCCUAGAUAAUCUGUGAGCCCUAAAUCUAAUCACAAAUGCCUUUGUAAGAGGGAGGCAGAAGAUUCCAUGCUCAAAGGAGGAGGCUGUGUGAAGACAAGUAGAGAUUAGGGA